AUGGCGAAACGGAAAAGAUCGUCCGACGAGACUCUCGAGGAGAAGCUCCCCCAAUUCAAGACGGACUUGUUCCGUGCUCUCAAAAAGGUCAAAGGGUUCGAGCGGCAGAGGCUGAGCCGGCGACUUCACGAAAAGGGACUCGCCGAGGACAGGAAGGAGAAGUAUGAGCUGGAGGUUGCCGUGCUCAAGUCCUUGGACCUGCAUCAGACCGCCUACCACUACCUCUACGCCUCCCUCCUCAAAAUCAAAUCCAUCGCGAACCACCCGGACCUACCCAUGGAAGUGCGCCGGGGACUUGCGAAACCGGUCCUGGAAGAGAAAGAGAAGGCGGCGCUGCAGCAUGUUACGAGCUGUUUGUUCAACAGGCUAGAGGUGAAGCAGGUUACGGAGAGGAUAAUUGGCGAGGCGUGCGAGACUUUGGGGCUGCCGAUGCCGGAGAGGAAGAGGGCGAAGAAGAAGGGGGAUAAGGAUAAAGACGAGGAGCAGGAGGGGAAAGAAUUUAUUGAGAAGGCGGAUGAUACAGACAAUGAGGAGGAAGAGGUCGCAAACACACGGGUGAGCGAAGCAAGGAACAGGAAGAUGGAGAAGGCAGAGAAGACAGGGAAGGAGGAGAAGAGGCCCAGGAAGGAAAAGGAGCAGGCGGCCGAUGAUAUCAGCAUAUCUGGCAGCGAGGACGAAUACUCCGACACCGACGCCGAGGAGCGAGCGUUCGCCAAGUUCGACAGAUUAGUCGGCGGUUCGUCCGACUCAGACGCCGACAGUGAGUCCGAAUCAGACGGCGGCGUGACGCUACAAAAGGGGAGGAGAACUACGAGAACCAUACGGGUGCGGGACAUGUCCAUCUCGCUAUCCCCGGAAUCAAGCGGCGUCUCGGGAUCAGAAGCCGAGUCUGAACCUGAACUUGAGUCUGAAUCUGAGUCCGAGUCCGAGUUCGAAGGAUUUUCCGACCCCGAGCCUGAAGAUACCCUGGCUGCCAAGCCAGCCACUACCACUACACCUUCGACGAAGCAGGCGAAGACGAAAGCCGCGAAACCUGCCGCCGCGCCUCCAUCGCGCCCAACCGACUCCACAUUCCUCCCCUCGCUAAUGGGCGGCUACAUCUCCGGAUCAGAAUCAGCAUCCGACGUCGACGUCGCCCCGCGCAAGAACCGCCUCGGCCAAAAGCAGCGCCAAGCCAUCUGGGAGAAGAAGUUCGGCGCCAAAGCCAAACACUUACAGCAGCCGCAGAAGCCGCAAGGGGGUAAGGGCAAGAAUAAGAGGGAUGACGGGUGGGAUAUGCGGAGGGGCGCUGUUGGGGAGGAGGACGAGAGGCAGAGGAAGCCGUGGAAGAAGGGGAUUGAGAAUCCGCUUGCGGCUUUGAGGAAGGGAGGGAGGGCUGGUGAGGAAGAGGCGAAGAGGAAACCUACGAAGAAGGAUGACGAGGGGCCGUUGCAUCCUAGUUGGGAGGCGCGGAAGAAGGCGAAGCAGGGGCAACCACAAAAGAUUGUGAUCGGGGCGAACUUAGCGAACAAGAUCGUCUUUGAUUAA